UCAAAGAAUGUCCCCACCCAGAUGAGAAAACAAGAAUGCAGUUAAGCCGAGAGUUGGGUUUGGCUCCUCGCCAAAUUAAGUUUUGGUUCCAAAACAGAAGGACUCAAAGGAAGGCACAAUACGAAAGAGCAGAUAAUAGUGCACUUCGGGCAGAGAAUGACAAAAUCAGGUGUGAGAACAUAACAAUCAGUGUGGCACUCAAGAAUGUGAUCUGCCCUUCUUGUGGAGGACCUCCAGUUUCAGAAGAUCCAUACUUGGACGAGCAGAGACUGCAAAUGGAGAAUGUCCAGUUGAAAGAAGAGCUUGACAAAGCUUCCAGCGUUGCUGCCAAAUACAUAGGCCGGUCCAUUUCACAACUCCCACCAGUGCAGCCUUUUCAUGUAUCGUCAUUGGAUUUAUCCAUGUCGAGUUAUGGAGGGCUCAGAAUUGCCGGCCCUUCGCUUGAUCUUGAUCUUCUUCCAGGAAGCUUGACUGGUUCUUUGCAAAAAUUACUUUUCCCAACAUUGAGCAUUUCGGACAUGGAUAAAUCUCUCAUGGCUGAUAUUGCUAGCAAUGCCAUGGAUGAAUUGAUUAGGCUUUUACAAACCAAUGAACCACUUUGGAUGAAAUCAGCUGAUGGAAGAGAAGUUCUUAAUCUCGAAAACUACGAGAGAAUUUUCCCCAGUCCUAAUACUCACAGGAAAUGUCCCAAUAUUCGAAAUGAAGCUUCAAGAGAUUCUGGUGUUGUGAUAAUGAGUGGCUUGGUAUUGGUUGACAUGUUUAUGGACACGAGUAAGUGGAUGGAAUUAUUUCCUACUAUUGUUUCAAGGGCAGUAACGCUAGAAGUAAUAUCAUCUGGAAUGCUGGGAAGCCAAACUGGCACAUUGCAAUUGAUGCAUGAAGAGUUGCAGGUGCUUUCGCCAUUGGUGCCGACUAGGCAAAUCUGUUUCCUUAGGUUCUGUCAGCAAAUUGAACAAGGCUCAUGGGCAAUUGUCGACAUUUCAUAUGAUCUUCCCAAUCAAGAGAGCCAAUUCGCUUCUUCAUGUAUAGCUCGCAGGCUUCCUUCUGGAUGCUUGAUACAAGACAUGGCAAAUGGUUAUUCCAAGGUCACUUGGGUCGAAAACUGGGAAAUAGAAGAUAGGGAGCCAAUUCAUAGGCUUUAUAGAGAUCUUAUUCACAGAGGAUUGGCAUUUGGAGCAGAAAGAUGGCUUUCCGCUCUUCAAAGGAUUUGUGAAAGAUUUUCUUGUCUUAUGGUUACUAGCAAUUCGACUUGUGACAUUGGAGGAGUAAUUCCAUCACCUGAAGGGAAAAGGAGCAUGACGAAACUUGCCCAGAGGAUGAUCAAUAACUUUUGUGCAAGCAUCAACCCGUCUAAUGGUGAACGAUGGAUGACACUUUCAGGGUCGAAUGAGUUUGAAGUGCGCGCAGCACUUCAUAAGAGCACUGAUCCUGGCCAGCCUAAUGCCGUGGUACUUAGUGCAGCCACUACAAUUUGGCUUCCAGUUUCUGCACAAAACAUCUUCAAUUUCUUCAGGGAUGAGAGAACUCGACCUCAGUGGGAUGUUCUUUCCAAUCAAAAUCCUGUUCAAGAAGUUGCUCACAUUUCAAAUGGUGCUCAUCCAGGGAAUUGCAUCUCUGUUCUUCAGGCUCUCAACGCUAACCAGAACAUGCUGAUACUCCAAGAAAGUUGCAUAGACUCGUCAGGUUCACUUGUCGUGUACAGCCCGGUCGAUCUUCCGUCCAUCAACAUAGCAAUGAGUGGAGCCGACCCUUCAUCCAUAGCCCUGUUGCCUUCCGGGUUCACCAUCUCACCAGAUGGUCGGCAACAAGAUCAACUUCAAGCUGGAGGAAUUGAUUAUGGAGCCUCAACCAGCACUGGUGGUAGUUCAUCAGGUUCACUUAUCACAAUAGUGUUUCAAAUACUAGUGAGCAGCUUACCAUCGGCCAAAAUGAAGCAGGAAUCAGUGACCACUGUUACUAACCUUAUCAGCGACACAGCCCGCCAAAUUAAAGCUGCCCUGAAUUGCAUUGCUUCCUGAUAGGUGGAUUAGACAGUACAGUACAAAACAGUAUAAAAUAAUGAAGGAGGGAACCUUAUUGGUUAGUUGGGGAUUUUGAAUGCUACUGUGCUGCUGUCUGCUGCUGUUUUUGCUGCCAAGUCUCAUUACAAUUCACAACCACCUUAACUUGUUAUUUUUAUCCAAGUUUUUUUA